AUGCCUAACAAAGUUUUUAACGUGGCCGUUUUCUUCGUUGUGUUCAGAGAAUGCUUGGAAGCAGUGAUUGUUAUUUCCGUGUUGCUAUCGUUUUUGAAACAGGCAAUUGGGGAGCAUGACCAGGCUCUGUACCGUAAAUUAAGGAUUCAGGUGUGGGUUGGUGUCUUACUUGGGUUCAUCAUUUGUCUGGCCAUCGGUGCAGGUUUCAUCGGUGCAUACUAUUCGCUGCAAAAGGAUAUUUUCGGAAGCGCGGAAGACUUGUGGGAAGGUAUCUUUUGUAUGAUCGCGACGAUAAUGAUCUCGAUGAUGGGUAUUCCUAUGUUGAGAAUGAACAAGAUGCAGAGUAAGUGGAGAGUGAAGAUCGCGCGGUCGCUGGUGGAGAUUCCUCACCGUAAGAGAGACUAUUUCAAGAUUGGAUUCUUGAGUAGAAGAUAUGCUAUGUUCAUUUUGCCGUUUAUUACUGUCUUGAGAGAAGGGUUGGAAGCCGUUGUGUUUGUUGCCGGUGCUGGUAUUACCACGCAGGGUUCACAUGCCUCUGCUUAUCCGUUGCCCGUUGUGGUCGGUUUAAUCUGUGGUGGUCUUGUUGGGUAUUUGCUGUACUACGGUGCUUCCAGAUCCUCGCUGCAGAUUUUCUUGAUUCUGUCUACCUCGAUCUUGUACCUGAUCUCCGCUGGUCUUUUCUCCCGUGGUGCGUGGUACUUUGAAAAUUACAGAUUCAACCUUGCCAGUGGUGGUGAUGCUUCCGAAGGUGGUGAUGGUAACGGGUCUUACAACAUCAGAAAGGCCGUUUAUCAUGUCAACUGUUGCAACCCGGAAUUGGACAAUGGGUGGGAUAUCUUCAACGCCUUGCUUGGAUGGCAGAACACCGGGUACUUGUCAUCCAUGCUUUGUUACAACAUCUAUUGGUUAGUUCUUAUCAUUGUGUUGAGUUUGAUGAUCUUUGAAGAAAGGCGUGGUCACUUGCCCUUUGCCAAAAAUUUGCAAUUGAAACACUUGAACCCAGGAUACUGGAUCAAGAACAAGAAGAAGCAAGAGUUGACGGAAGAACAAAAGAGGCAAUUGUUUGCCAAGAUGGAGAAUAUUAACUUCAAUGAAGAUGGGGAAAUCAAUGUACAAGAGAACUACGAACUGCCCGAGCAAAAUACUAGCUAUUCUUCAUCUCAAAAUGUCGUCACAGACAAGGAGGCCCCCCACGUUAAAGCCGAAUCUCUUUGA